GCCGGCUUGACACGGGUUUCCCGAUAGCUGUGGAGCGCAGGCGACUGUCAGGUUGGGCUGGUGGGAACUGCCGCCCCUCGAGAACCGGCGCACAAUGGCUGAAAACAAAGUGAAGUCAACCAAACCGGUGAAUAAGACUCCUCCAAAAUCUCCUUCAGAUCCAGCAAAAGAUCGAGCAGCAAAACGAUUAUCCUGUGAAUCAAACAGCUCCCAUGAGGGAGCUAUGGCAGGAGAAAUAAGUGCUCUGGAAGAGGCCUUUAGAAAAUUUGCCAUCCAUGGUGAUACAAGAGCCACAGGAAAAGAGAUGCAUGGGAAGAACUGGUCAAAGCUGUGUAAAGACUGUCAUGUGAUAGAUGGAAAGAACGUGACAAUCACAGAUGUUGACAUUGUCUUCAGUAAAAUCAAGGGAAAGUCUUCCAGAACUAUCACUUUUGAGCAGUUUAAGGAAGCUCUUCAAGAACUCUCCAAGAAGCGAUUUAAAGACAAGAGUGAUGAGGAAGCAGUUCAAGAAAUAUAUAAACUAAUUGAAGGAAAAGCCCCAAUUAUAUCUGGAGUAACGAAAGCCAUUUCAUCUCCAACAGUAUCACGUCUUACAGAUACAUCAAAAUUCACAGGUUCUCACAAAGAGAGAUUUGAUCCCAGUGGGAAAGGAAAAGGCAAAGCUGGCCGAGAAGAUCUGGUGGAUGCUUCAGGAUAUGUAUCCGGCUAUAAGCAUGCAGGCACAUAUGAUCAUAAAGUACAAGGAAGCAAGUAAGGCCGAGAGCUUACAACACAGAGGGAGCAAGAGAGGGGAAAGAGAACAUAUUUGUAAGAAUGAGGUAGAUGAAUCCCACAUGUUUUGGUUAUUGUGAGUGCUAAGACUGGAACUGGAACUGAUUUCAACAUCUGCUGAGCUACUUGCAGCAUAACACCACUUCAUUACAUUCCUCAUGUGUAUAUUGGCAACAAUAAAUAUAUCAGUACAAAAAAAAUACAUAAUUUUGCUGAGCUUUAGAUUUUAAAAAAACAACAAACAAAUAAAAAAAAAACAACCAGAACCCAGAAAGUCAAGAGCAGAGAUAUACACUUCAUUAAUUCAAGGAAGACAUCUCAAACAUUCCUAAAUAUCAGGUUGCCCUGAGGAUGUCAACUAGAACCUCUUGAAAAGAGGAUCUUUCAUAGCCAUCUUUCUGAAGAAUAUACCAUUAUUUAUGCAGUUUGAUUUGACUACUGUUUUGUUGGAGUUUUUUUAGAUGUCUUAUAUGGGAUCUGACACUUUAUUUAAAACACUCAACAAUAUACUACUGGGGAGUAAGUGGUUGUAAUAUACAAGGUGCUAGUCUGUAAAUGUCAUACACCACUCAUGAAAAACAGAUUUAAUUUUUCUUUUUUAAAAAAGACAAUAUAGGUUCUAAAGUAUUUUAUGUCAACAGCGAGGUGGAAAAUACCAGCCCUUACUUUCCUCCUGUCUAUACUUCAUGCUUGUUACUAUGUACUGUAGCAUGGUUCUGACUGGCUGGAUUUGGAUGGAGUUAUUGUACUAACCUGAGAGGUGAGGCACAAGAACUUACUGAGAAAGUGUACUCGAGCUUUUUGCAGUGUAUUUUCAAGUUUACACUGCUUCACAUUUGAAGUGAAGGGGGCAUUAAGCUAAUAAUACUUUAAAAUAUUGAAUAUGACUAAACACUGCCAAUUGGAUUGCUAUUAAGUGAAUGUUAUUAUGCUCAUACAUGGGCACAUAUUCCCUUUAAGCUGUAACAUAUGUAAGGAAAGUUUAUAGCCCCUUGGAAUAAGGGCAUUUACCAUUUACAUCAAUGUAAUUUGGUGCAAUUUGCCCACAAAAAAUAUACUAUUAUAACUGGGCUACUUUUUAUGUAAGAUUUGUUUGAAGCUAAGGGAUUUGAUUCUUUGUUCACUGUUGCUGCCUAACUUGGGAGUAAUAGUAUUGAUGGGAAUGGCUUUCCACUGCUAUAAAAGAAGAACCAAUUCCACAGGCUUAAGGUACAGGCAACUUGAUGUGACCUCCCUUGGGCCCAAAAUGCCAAAACAACUUAAUAGGAAUAAAAAUAACUAAUGUUUUAUAUUGGUUAAAGAAGGACAUAGAAGGCUUGGUCCAAUUUUCUGCAAGAGCUGAACAAAUACCCUAAUGUAUCACUCUGCUUCUGUAAAUUUAUGAAAGAUAGAAUUUUCAGUAUUCAAAAAUCACAGUUAGCAGUUCUGCUUCUUUCAAAAAGACCUCAUCCGCCGAUUUUCAUUUUCAUCUCUGAAUAAGGGUUAAUUCCCCUAACCCAUAUCAGCAUGCCACUCAGAAAACAUAAAAUAUAGUAGGCAGUGUGUACUGUCCUGUGCCAUGCAGGUCAACAGUCUGUAUUUGGCCAAUGUUCAGAAACAGAGCACUUGAUUUCAGCCCUUAAACUGUUAAUGUUUUUUUUCUUUGACAUUGAAUGUUAACCUGCCUUGUAACUUUGCAGCCAAUGACUCUGAGCCCAUACAUGGCCUGAAACCAAAGCAACAGUAGCAAACAAGGGCAAGGACUUCCUUGUGGACUUGGAGAUUUUUUAUUUGUUUAUAAUUUUUUGGUGGUUUUGUUUUGAGGAGGGAGGAAGUUUGCCAAAACUUAGCACUUGUUCUUGUAAAGAUUUAAAUUGCUUUUUCUAUGGUUGGCUCUUGGUUACCUGGGAGUAUUUUUGAUUUAUGUAAGGAUUCUCAGAAUGAGAAGCAUGCAGCUUUGUGAAGUCUUUUCAAGAGUUACCCAUUUUUCUUGACAAAAAACUCUGCACAGAAUGAAGGAUUAUCCAUUCCUGCCUUGCACUGGUGACCUGUCACACCCAGAGGCAGAAAAUAGCAUACUAUUAUACAAACAAUGGCUUCAUUAUUCCAGCAUGGUAGUGAACUGUCUAAAUGUAGAGAACCUUCUUCUACAUCACUGAUGCCUGUGCACCUGAAGAGGGAAGAAGCCUCUAACUCUUGGUAAAUCCUUCAGCUAAGUUACAUGCAAAACCAUUAUCCCUGCUUUAAGAAUUGAUUUAUAACUCACUGAUAACUGAAAAGAACUGGACACAGCCCAAUGAAGGGUGAAGUCCAGUUUACUGCAGAGCCUUUUCAGCAUAUUGUGAUCUGGCUUUUUGCUGCUAGCUAGCUGUCUUGUCUGGUACAUCAGGUGAUAAUUAACCUGUGGUGCAAAAGUGACAGGCUUUCUGAGGUACCCAAAUACUAAGUGUCAGUAAUUCCAGAUUGUUGCUACACAGGAGCAGUGAUUGGUUAGAAAUGUUUUAUGGUAUGAUUAGAUUUUAUGUUGCUAGCUCACAGUGUGAGAGAGACCAGCAUGCAAAGGAAUUGAGAAUGUGGACAGAUUGAAGCUGACACUACUCAAAAUUGAGCUACUCUGCUUGGAAGAGGCUGAUGGAACUAGAUGGGGUUCUGCCAGAGUUUAUCUUGCAUUACUUGUCCAGUAUAAAAUCCCUGCCAUGAACCAGAGCACUUUGUAUGGAACUCAUGCAAAGUUUUUAGACAUACUUUCAAUGGUGUAGUAAGCUAUAGAUCAGGACCUGAGUAUAUGCUUCAGAUAGCAGUAUUUUAUUUUGAGGAAGACACUUUGUUUUUAUUCUUUGUUUCUACAGUUGGAUGGUGUCAAAGCUCAAUCAAACUGAUGCAUGAAAAUAAGUCAAUCUGAUAUGACAGUGACAAAGGGAAGUUGUGGCUAGCAACAUAGUACUUUUCCCUUUAUUAGGAAGAUAAGAGCUAUGAAUAAAAGCAGCAUAUGCAGCUGUGUAUUAGGGUUUCAGCCAACUACUUAAGCUAUUACUUUUUCACUAAUAUCUGGAGGAAAUUAAAAGCCUAAGUACUAGCUUGAAUGCAAGCUAGAAGUUCCAGGACUGCUUGGGAGUGAAGCAAAGUCCCUCUUCUUGUUCAUCCACCAUUCCCUCAACUCUCAGGACAUAAGUACAUCUGGUGCCUCAAAGAUGAGGGAAAGGGAUAGCUCAGGACUUGCAGGGGGUGCUUUCUUUCAACCCUUAAAGUGUUGUAGAGCAUAUGCUCUUCCUCUGGACCAUACUCCAGACUUCAAGUAAAUGUCAUGUCUGAAGUAAGGAUGUGGGUACCUAAUAAGGCUUACACUCGUUUCCUUUUUUGGAGGCAUCUGAACUAAUUUCAUCUAACUUUCCAGUCUGAUUUUCAGCACUAUGCAGCAUGCUUCUAUGUGGCAUCUGUAAAACCCCAUUGGUCCUAAUUAUCUCUGCUUUCGUUACCACUGAACAUUCUACCAAAAGAAAUGCAAUCAGAAAGUUCAAGUAGCUUUUUAGCAAUAACUGCCAUAAAGAACAAACUCAAAUCACACUGUUCAUUUAAAAUUAAACCCUUAAAUAUUACAGCAGAACACAAACUUAUCUGUCCCAAAAGAAAUAUUGAACUUUGGACAGUGGCCACAUUUAUUUUUUUUUUUUAAACCUACAAUAUUUCUUAUCUCUUUUUCACUUUAAGGAAGGGAAAGGGAGUUUUCAAAACUACUCACAUAUCACAACUUUUUUCAUCAGCAUAGAGAUGGUCUUUCAAGGAUAUUUUGGAUCCGAGUAUGAUAUUUUAUGUGUACUUUAUUGACCGUACCUAAAUUAAAAUAUCCCCUGACAACUUUUUGGCAUUAUAGAAAGCUUUGUUCAUGAAUUAGUAUCUCAGUCACUCAUAUUUUGCAUCUAUUGGCUCGAUAUUUUUAUGGUAGCUGGAAUUAGCCAGACCUAAAAGGCAAAUUACUGCUAUGGGUUUAGCUUGCGAGUGAUAGGUAUCCCAGCCAUCUAUAACCACAGACAGAGAAAACCCUUGUGUAUCUUUCUCCAAACCCAAAACUUUAAAUUUGUAAUGGAUAGGUUUUUUCCCUAAGGCUUGUCAUAGUUUUAAAAUACAUUUUAAUUAUUUGUGCUUGCAUGUAUGACACUCAAAACACAGCCCUGCCUUUCAGUGGUGCAUGUAUUCUGGGAGAUUGUGUUUGUCAUGCAUGAAUGAGAAUUCUCUGUUUGCACUGGCCAAGAAUCAAACCCUUUUCCUUCAAGACAGAGCAAAUGCUAAUGUGCUGCAUUAGUACAUAUCCUCUUAACUGACAGUUAUCAUUGAGUGUGUGCCAAAAUUACUAGAGCUUUUUGUACAUUGUUUGUACAAUAUUAUGUUCUUGACUUGUCUAUUUCUUGGUAAUGUGUAAUGUAAUACACAAUACUUGUACAGAUUUGUGUGUGCAUACACAUACUUUUUGGAUCCAGCUAAGUAAUUAAACCGCAUAAAUGUUGAUCCAAACCUUAAUUCUUAUUAGGGCCAAAACUCUAGUUCUGCGGCCAGUGCUGUCCAGACCAGCUGGUGACACUGCCAUUGUCCCUCCUUACUGUGAAAGUAAGUCAUGUAAGGAGGCUUUGAUGUUUUUACACCCUGUUCCAAUUUCUGGGGAAAAUCACUUUUCAAAUGAUUCUAAGUAGACUUGAUGUGACAAGAAGAGUUUCUCCAUAGUGAGGCAGUAAGGAGAGAGUCAGUGUGAGAGCAAGAUUUCCUCUUGAGUGCUCUCACGAGACUAUUUAAAAUUAUGCCCUGCAAGGACCUUAUGUCUUCCUUUGCUCCAACUUUGUGAAGCAAUCUUACGCUCACUGUGUAUACACACAGCUGAUCAUCAGUUUGUAAAUACAAAGUUGUGGUAUAUUCAGGUGGGAACAGGGAAGAAGACUAUUGUACAAUGCCUAUGGACUUAAGUCUUCUGUAGACCUUUAUAAAAUUAAGUACCUGAAGCAUAAUGACAGAUCUCAAACCUGUGCGAAAUUCUCACAGUCUGGAGUGCCUCAACGUGAUACAUAUGUGCCUCCUGCAUUUGAAGCGUUUGCCCAUAAAAUAACAUCUAGACAUACAGUUACACAUUUUGUGCAUGCAAGUAUCUGUUUGGCUUACCUAAUAUAAGCUGGAAAUGAUGGACUGGGAUGUUCUUUUUAAGUCCUCAGAAUGCUAAAACUAGUGAGAGACCUUUAAUUGCAUUCAUACUUGUUUAUUAAACUCAAAAACAAUGGUUUGAAAGAUAUCCCAGCUAAGAUUGGUGCUUCAGGAAGCUAAAGAAAUUGCAUGUAAAACUUCCACAUUUUAAUUGUCCAAGUAAUUUGUUUUUGCGGGGUGAAAUAACUGUAAUAUAUUUGUUCAUGUUUUUGAGUAUAUUACCUUAGCUAUAGUACUUCAAAAUCAAUAUGGAAAAGGUGGAUUUCAAAACAAGUUUAAGAUAUAACUCUUUACUUUGUUGUCAGAAAAUGUUUGAAUUGGCUAAUUUCAUUCAAACUAAUUGAUCAUCCACUCUAGGCAGACUUUGGCAAGACCAAGCCUGACAAAAGGGAAAAAAAAACACCUCAGCAUAUUAGCUGACAGACAUUUGCAAAACUGGUUGUCUGACAUGACUUUAAAAAAAAAUAAAUUGCUUUCAUAAUACAUACAUGCAUUCACACAUGCGCUACUUUUGAAUAUAUGUAUAUACACACACACACACACACACACAUAUAUAUAUGCCACAUGAGUGGCAAGACUACAGAAGGGGCUUUUUUUUAAAACCCUUACAUUUGGAAGUUGACAUUGAUUGCCCAGCUGACUGACACAAUUCAGAAAAGUGUUAAGCACCUACCAUAUUAUUUUGUAGGUAAACAGCCAAUGAAUUAAUUUUCAAAUAUAAUUAUACAGCAUCUUUUUUUGUGAGUUACUGUAAAGCUUAUGGCACUGUACGAAGUGAGUUUUCCUAUAAACAUUUGUAAAGAUCUUAAAGAUAACACUCACCAUAAUUUACCCUUACCUUCAGUUUUCUUUAUUCAAGAUUUUUCUUUUACUUUGCACAUUUUUCAUAACCAAUCACAAAUGUGAAUAAAGUAACAUUCAAGAUAAUUAAAGAUAUAACCCUAAAAAUACACUGGUACUCAUCCAUCUUUACAUUUUUUAUCAGGAGCUAUAUUACGGAUUAUCAACAAAAUAAGAAAAUAGAUGGCAAUCUGUAUCCUCACAGUGUUGAAUUAUGCUGAGCUCCAGUUUACAUCAGAUGCGUUUCUGUACACUUGCAUUUGUUCAAAUGUGAUUUUUAAGCAAAGUAAUUAAAUAAUGUAAUUGAAGUAAUUAAAUAAUAUGAAGUAACAAAGCCUAAGCUCUUUUAAAUAGGGUUGUAUUAAUGUAGCUGAAAUGCUGUAUGUCUGUAAUAUUAAUGUUAAAUAACUCUUUACAAAGGCUUUGUGUGGAGUCAGUGAACCUACAAACUUAUGUCUCAUAUGAAAUCCUGUUGGCAAACUACUUCUUUUAACACUGUAGUGUUAUGAAAUGCAAGGUCAAAAACAAGGACAAAAACAAGUUACAGGAUGCAACAAAAGUGGCUUUGUGUUUAUCUUUGUGCUGGGUUCAGAAUAAAUCAGUUGUGGCAAAUUAUUGCAGCAAGGAAAAUGUUUUGUAUAACAGUUAUAAUACAAUCUAAUUUGCCUUUACGGUCUGUAAAACAGAGAAAUGGUCAAUGUUGGGUAAGUAUAUUGAAGUUCAUUCUUAGCAACGUUUUGUGUUUCACAUAUUUAAAUAUUACAGGAGAAAUACAUGUUUGAGGUUGGUUUCCUUCAGUCAUGAACCAUUUAUUUAUACACAUUAUGCUGGCUUGUUUGCUGGCUUGUUUUUCUGUCCAUGUUGUACCAACAUCUAUUUCUAAUUUGGUUUUCAUUUUUUGAAUCCUUAUUUGCACAAAUCUGGAUGCACAUGUUGUCAGGAUCAGAUCAUAAAGUGAAGAGGAAAAACUAUUUUGUCUUUGAUUACCUUGAGCACUACUAAAAAUUUAAUUAUUAAGUAGUUGUAAUAUCGAGAUAGGUCUUGAUACAGUCUUGAUAUAGCACAGUACAGAUUUUUAAAAAUCUUCAGUAAAUCUUACUGUUUCUUGUUCUUUUUUAAAAUUUGUCUUUAAUCUUGGUCCAAAAAACCAUGAAGCUGCUGUCUGCUAAUAAUUACUUGCAAUAUUUAUAAUUGUAGACGUUGCAAACAUUAACAUUCAGCUAUACUAGCCUGAGUUCACUGUGAAAUUUUCAACACAAUAAAAAUUGUACAUGAUUAUUUAACCUUACAAGUUUACUUUUCCCCCACUGAUUUAACACUGAACCUUUUUUUUUUUCAUUGAGGAAAUUAACAACUUGAGUAUAGCAUUUUGUACUCUUAACUAUAAUUAAUAAAUAUAUCCUAAGUAAAGAUUUUUAACCACUUGAUUAAUGGGGCCAGGCACAAUCCAGUGCAAAGCACACUGGUCAAAAUCUUAUCCCCUCUGCAGUCAGUGCCAAAAUCCUAACUGGUAUUAGCAAAAAUGGAACCACCAUUACCAAGAGGUUAAUAUGCUUAGUGACCAUGACAAGAAGUUAUGGGGAAGCACAACAGUGAUUCCCUAUUUCCAUGUAUUCAUUUCUGUUAAUUUAAAACUACUACUAUUCAAUCUUUAAAAUAAGUAAAAGAAACUUGAAGGGGGAUCAUAUACUACUAGUUUGUACUAGGUUUUUUCAGGAAAAGGAAACAAAUUUAUAUAUAUAUAUAUAUAUGCAAUAUAUUUUUACACUGUUUAUUAAUGCUAGAAAGUAUUAAAUGUAUCACUUUAUCAAUGUGAAUGUUAAAGUAAUUAUAUUGUUAUGGAUGCUUUAAACCUUUCAAAGUUGUCUUGUUAAAAUCUAAACCCACAUUAACAAUAGAAAAGCUACUUUGUCUCCAACAUUAUUAUUGAUGCUUUAAGAAAAAUGUUCAAGUACAGCAGUUGUUUGAUUAGCACUGUAAAAGCUUGGCUUGAAAAGUUGUAGUAAAAUCCAUAUUGUAAAAACCAAUUUUAAAGUAUAGCUUCUCAUAAAGUAUGCUACUGCUGUUGACUAACUGUAUAAAAUUGUAUCUUUAGUUAAUAAAGUGAUCAAUAAAUGUGUUACUACAUCAAUUCCUGGAUUGUAGCAAUAAAUGGUAUUUGCAGAUAAA